GUGAAGAAAUGUCAGAUGUUGACUUGGGGGGUCUUGACCCCUUCACCAUUUAUAGUCGUUCCAGCCCAGACUCUGUCCAAAACAUCAGAUCUCAUCUGAUCGAGCACUCACUGCUACAACAAUGGGGGAAAAUAAGGUGACUAUAAUGAUUCUGAAGGUAGACCUUCAGUGUGAAAAAUGCUACAGGAAGGUCAAAAAAGUUCUCUGUAAAUUCCCUCAAAUACGAGACCAGACGUACGACGAGAAGAACAACGUGGUGAUCAUCAAAGUGGUCUGCUGUAGUCCUGAAAAGAUCAGGGACAAGCUAUGCUGCAAAGGAGGUGGCGCCAUUAAGAGCAUCGAGAUCAAAGAGCCCGAGAAGCUCAAGCCUCGUUCUAGGGAUGACAAAUCCAAACAAACACUAGCUGCAGGUAAAACCAAAGAUGCCAAGGACGUGUCUAAAGAGAAACAAAAGGAAGAUAAGCCCGAAGACGGCGAGAAGCCGAAGGAUGAGUCGAAGCAGAGGCGUGCUCCGGUUACUUCUUGUCCUCCGCGGCCGGUGAACCCGUGUUGUAUGGAUUGUUAUGGAGGGCGUCCUGGUGGUCCCUGCGAAACUCGCCUUCCGCGGCGGCCGGUGAACCCGUGUUGUAUGGAUUGUUACGAAGGGCGUCCUGGUGGUCCCUGCGAAACUGGGUAUGGUUACGGUAGGCCUGCCCCUUACAUACAGUACGAUGGCUACUAUGGAAGGCCGGUCUAUGAUAGUUACGGCGCUGGGAGGAGCUAUACUACUAGUUACUGCGUGACCCGCCCCGAUUGUUUCAGUGAAGAAAAUCCCCAAGCGUGCGCCAUCAUGUAAAACCAUAUAUACGUACCUACCUACUGUGGCUUUUGCUGCCUCUGUGGGAAAUUUUCCACCAGCUCGGUGGUCCUUCAUUUUUAAAGUUGUACGACGUUGAAGUAAAGAAUAAAGUAUGGUUGGUGAUGGUGUGGACAAGUCGCGAUCAGAUUAUCCA